AUUAGCACGCUAUCCUCUACAAAUUCAAUCCAUAUAACGAGAAACAUAGAAGGUGGCCAAGGUGAUGGAUAACGAAGAUCAUGGAGGAAGAAGAGAGAACAAAUAUCGAGGCAUACGACGAAGACCGUGGGGAAAAUAUGCAGCGGAGAUACGCGAUCCUAAUAGAAAUGGCUCACGUCUCUGGCUAGGUACUUUUGAAACAGCUGAAGAGGCGGCCCGAGCUUAUGAUCGGGCCGCCUUUUCUCUGAGGGGCCAUCAGGCCAUCCUCAACUUCCCUAACGAUGGACAUUAUCAUACCAAUAAUCAUACUAAUGUACCUCUAGGUCCUGGACCAAGCUACACUUCCUCGAUGGGAAACGUGCACGUGUCAUCAUCUUCUUCUUCAACUACUGGUUCUCAUCAUCAACAAGAGGAUGUGAGAUUGGAGGGACAUGAUCAUGGAGAGAAGGUUGAAUUUGAGUAUUUGGACAAUAAUCUUCUCGACGAGCUUCUUGGCUCACAAGUUCAUUGUCAGGCUAAUAAACGGCCCAAGGUUUAGAUUGUUUCGAAAAGCUUGAAAUGUUUAGGCCCUUUAAGGACCUUCUCAAUCUGUU